UGGGGAGGAGGUUUGAUCCUUCCGUUGCGCCGUAGAGUCCUUAGGAUUGUGGGAGUCCGGACAAAAUGGUGGUGAUUACCCUCUGCCGGGCGACCGGUGCCCGAGCAAUGUCACGUCCUCAUAUUAAAUCGCUUGUGACCUCCGUCCCCGUUGUUCUGCAGCAGAGGAACGUGCACCACGCUGUCAUCCCGCACGGGAAAGCCGGGCGCUCCUCGGUUAGCGGGAUCGUCGCCACUGUCUUUGGAGCAACAGGAUUCCUGGGUCGUUAUGUGGUCAACAGACUUGGACGCAUUGGCUCUCAGGUGAUCAUACCCCACCGCUGCGAUCAGUAUGACAUCAUGUAUCUUCGACCUAUGGGUGAUCUGGGACAGCUAAUAUUUAUGGAAUGGAAUGCAAGAGACAAAGAUUCCAUCAGGAGGGCCAUCGAGAACUCAAACGUUGUCAUUAACCUUGUUGGAAGAGAAUGGGAAACAAAGAACUUCGGUUUUGAUGAUGUGUUUGUGAAUAUCCCAAAAGAAAUUGCAUCGCUUUCCAGACAGGCUGGCGUGGAGAAGUUAAUCCAUAUGUCCCACCUGAAUGCUGACAUGAAAAGCCCCUCAAAGUAUUUGAGGACAAAGGCUGUUGGCGAGCAGGCGGUGAGAGAUGAAUUUCCAGAGGCGAUUAUUCUGAAACCUCCAGAGAUAUACGGCAGGGAAGAUCGCUUCUUCAAUCAUUAUGCAAACAUGCGCUGGUUUGGUGGAGUGCCGCUGAUUUCAUUUGGGAGGAAGACCGUAAAGCAGCCCGUUUAUGUAGUUGAUGUUGCCAAGGCUAUAAUGAGCGCCAUCAAAGACCCCGACUCACAAGGAAAAACAUAUGCGUUGGUUGGGCCUAACCGUUACCUGCUCCACGACCUGGUAGAAUAUAUCUUUGCAGUUGCCCACAGGCCUUUUGUUCCGUAUCCAAUGCCUCGUCCUCUUUACCGCUUAGUUGGAAGAUUUUUUGAAGUAAGCCCCUUUGAGCCUUGGCUAACCAGAGAUAAAAUCGACCGGUUCCAUACUACAGACAAGAAGUACCCAGACCUCCCUGGUUUGGAAGACCUUGGCAUUGUGCCGACAGCGGUGGAGCAGAAAGCCAUCGAGGUCCUGCGUAGACACCGUAGAUACCGCUGGCUGGAGGCUGAUCUGGAAGAAGCAAAACCGGCAACUCCUGUUAACAAUUAACACACAACACAAUCCAGGAUGCACUUGAUUAUGGAAACCAUGUUUUCCCUUCUAAACUGUUUGUGAAAAAGCAGAUUACACCAAUUGUGUACAUAAAUAAAAGUGUUAAAUAUACAUA